GGCGUCAGCCGAACAAAGAGACGAGGCUACCUCAUCCGUUGUCACGUACGCUGCCAUUAGAAAGUUGUUGGUAGUCGUUGUGUGCGGGAGUUCCGCGAGUUGGAUCGGUCGAGAAAGAAAGAGAAGGAACGAAAAGGAUCGUAAAACUGUUCGGAUAUCGAGAAUCGCGAGAAAAUAAUUUGUCAAGACGCGUUGUUUUGAGAAGAGAAAGAGAGAGACUUCGAAGGAAGGUUUUUGAUCGGGAAAAUCCAAAAAAUCGCGAACAAUCGGCGAGUCUGAUCGGUCGGAAAAAUCGCGUGUAAAUUUGUCAGAAAUCAGAAUCGGUGCGAAACGGAGUGCGACGAGACGACGCGACGACUACGAACGAACGAACGUGAGAGCAGCCGAGGUGUUUCGCAGCAAACGAAGAGAGAAGAGAAGCGUUUGAGAAAGGACGCGCCGACGCUUCGCUCCGAGGGAAAUCGAUCCUCGCGUACACCUGUAACUGUGCGCCGGGUCGCAUCGCCGUCGACGGGGAAUCCUCGAGGGACCCAACGGUGGUUAAAGCUCGUCGCGCUGGAGGGUCGACGACGUUCGACGAGUGCUGUAGAGUGCUACGCAGCGACGUGGCGACGACGCCAUUUUGUGCUGACUGGCAGUGUCCGCUUCCCUCGGCAUCAUCAACGCCGUUGGACCUACUCGUCGCCGUGUCGUGACCCGUGACACGCGCGUAUCUUCGAGAUCGCGUUCGCAUUGUGGAACACACAAAAGGACGUUGGAGCGCUUUCAGGGCUCCGGGGCCUUGGGUCGCAACAAGCAGCGAGGAGGGAGUGACGAGAAGAGAAAAUAAAGACUGCGUAUUCAAGACGGAGUACGUCGUCGGCUGCGUGACUCCAAUCGCGCGUAUCCCACCGUAGCGUUUUGUCCUUGAUCCAUCAUCGUUUCAAUCAACUUCGCCCUGGGUCUUCACCGAUCAUGAGACUGGAAAUUGUGUCGGCGGCGGAUUUUCUGGUGCACUUGCUGCGCCUGCAGGCGGGACAGCUGUCGGGACAGCUGUCGGAACGGCAACUGGAGAUGUUCAAGUCAUCCCUGACGGAGGUGCUGCGCCACCGUUACCGGGAUCACUGGUUUCCGGACCGGCCGAAUCGAGGUUCCGGUUAUCGUUGUAUACGCAUCAACGGUAAAAUGGAUCCAGUGAUCGCUCAGGCCGGCGCGAACGUCGGUCUGCUGCCGACGGUACUUCAUAGCCUGUUCCCGAGCGAGCUCACCAUGUGGAUCGACCCGUCGGAGGUGUCGUACAGGAUCGGCGAGAACGGCUCCAUCUGCGUGUUGUACGAACGCACCGAACCCGAAAAUCCGGAAGAGAUCUCUCAGCAACAGCAUCAUCUACAACAUCAACAUCAUCAUCCGACGCAGCAGCAGACGUCGUCGACGCUUCCGCAGCAGCAGCAGCAGCAGCAGUUCGAGAGCUGCAAAGACUCUCUGCUGUUGGAGCACACGCAGUUCAGCGAGCAGAUCGCGGCGUUCGUCUCCAGCUGAAUUGUCGGCGGGCCCCCAGUCCGCUUCUUCGCGUCCACGCUCUCGAAGUAAACGUUUAAAAUAACGCACGUGCAUCUCGUCGUGAUAUGUGAUAUCCUCCAACGCGUCGUGACGUCGCGGACCGAGCAGGUCCGUGAGCGCUCAACUUUUUCGUGACCCCCCCCGAAACGCGUCCACUUCCUCCCCCCAUUGCGUUUCUCUUCUCUUCUCUUCUUUUCUAUUAUCCUUUUUUUUCUUUUCCUUUUUUCCUUUCGGUGCACUGUGAGUCUCAAGCUACGGUCUCUUUGUCGCCGUAUCUUCCGUCUCUCUUUCCGUCUCCUUGAACAAAAAACGGGGGAUUUUGUCAUCCGAUUCCCGAGAACGAUGAUUUCAACAAACCGCCCUCUUCGAAACGAGUUUCUCGCCAGGGAGAGUCCAACUUUCGGGAGCGCGAGAGUCCAUUUUUCACUUGCGUCGGUCGUCUCGAGCGAUCGUCUAGUCCAUUCUCGCGCUUUUUCCCGAUUCUCGAAGACGAGCACACGUUUUCGACUAGUCCAAGCGCGACUUGGUCACGCAACUACCGGAACGCGAACGAAUAAGACGAAACAACAAGGAUGAUCCGGAAGAAGAAGAAGCGCGGACUAGUCAAUUUUCUUCGAGUCUGUUCGGUUCGAGAAUCAUCUCGUCGCUCGCUCUGCCAUCAGCGAGUUCACGCCGGAAAAGAGCGGCGGUACAUCCGUCGCCAGGAAGAAUAAAGGAGCGAAAGAUCUCGCAGCAGCCGACUAAUUGAUCUCAAGCACCUCCUCCACCCGCGUAAACCUCCGAGUAUGUCUCCCGUGACAACAGCCGCCACGCGAGGGAGGAACAACGAAGACCAGCCAGCCUCAUCGCCCCUCCGUAUAUUACGUUCCCGAGGAAGUAAAGAAAACCGUGUUUACACAUGUACACACACACAUCAGACAUACACACACGCACACACAGAACACAAACCUCUUUGUCUCUCGCAUUUCCCUCAACGAUCAGCGUCUUUCUUCCACGUACUUCGUCACUUCGGAUUUCGAGUUAAGGUUCGUACGAUUGGCAGGUGUUUGCAAGCAUGUUCAGACGCGUGAUGAAGCCAAAACACCGCACGUUACAAUUGGUCGUAAAUAAUUUUUGGCACACGGACAAGUGUGUCGGCAUCUCUUCUCCCACAUAAUUCUAUUCCAUUUCGUUGAGUGAUAUCUAGGGUUCGCAGAUGAAAUAAGUAAAAAUUCAUUACACGUGUCGGAAGUUGUUUAAAUACGCGACUUCAAUUUUUGUAAUAAACGUAUUUCGUUUCUGUGCAGUUUGCCCCGUCGGCGGCACGUUCUUAAAAUUGAAAGUCACAAAUUAUCGAAUGUAGAACUUUUUCGAAACCUCGCACUGUCAGUACAGAUUUUACCACCGAGCUUCACACGCAGAAACACACACACACAACACGUACACACACGGUAAUACACGUUAACACGAAAAUAAAAGACCGAAAUCGUAUCAGUGUUGAUUUAUCAGAGUUUGUCCUUCGUUAACGUAAAUAAUACGCGACGUAUUUGUGUAAAUUUUGUGGAAUUUCGAUUUUCUGGAAAAAUCGAUAUAUAUAUGUAUAUGUAUGUAUAUCUCAUGUCGAAUCGCGAGAUUCUUGCGCGCUAACGAAGGUACAAAAUUUAAUACUUUUGCGCGAAACCUUCUAUUUUUUCGAGAGCGGCUCUCGAGGGAAAAUCUCACGAAUUUCACAGUUUUUCGGUAGCAAUUCUCGACGGUAGAAAUCUCAAAGUGGAAGUUUUUUGCGUACAUUUUAACGACACACACACACACACACACACACGUAUUCAUUUCACACGCAGACAUAAUACACGUACAAAUUUCACGAAAGUGCGCGAAUUUUUAUGUACAUAGAUAUAUAUAUAUAAAUAUAUAUAGACGUUAUGUAUAUGUAGAGUACACCGUAUGUACACGCGCGGCGACGAGGAUGAGAAGUGGGCGAAGCAAAAUCGCGUCGUUCGUCCCCGGGCCUGUACACGAAACCCGACGAAUUGUAUAUUAUCUUUUGCGUGUGAGGAAAAAUUGAAGAAGAAAGCAAGAAAGAAAACGCGCGACAGUGUAUAGAAUUUAAAUGUGAUUUUAUCCACGGGAGAGAAGGCGCACGACGGACGGUCUCAUUAUGGAGAGUUCAAGUCUCGGAAAGUGUAUAUCGCUCGAUAGUGUAGCGUUAUAAUUGGUAUGUUUCACGGAUAUUUUUCGAGAGUAGUCGUGAAUAAUUUUGUGUGCGUGUGUAAGAAAGAGAGAGAGAGAGAACGUGUGUGUGUGUGUGUGUGAACGAUUGAGAGAGAGAGAGAGAGAGAGAAAGAGAUUGAACGCGUGUAUGCUGCGAUCACCCGGUAUAUUCGCUCAAACAAUAAUAAUCGAGUCCGCUCGAUUAGUCACGUGUCCGCUUCGUGCUCGUCGAGAUUUGUUUCAAUUACCGUUACUUUUUGCGACAUCACGAUCGAGGACGUAGCGAACAAACAAAAUCCGCCCUACGAACAAUUUCUCGAUUUUUGAUCUUUUUUUUUACACACAAAAUUCAGAUUGAAGGUUUCGUCAUAUUUCUGAAGAUUUCCGUCGAAUUUGUUUUCCGAGCGUGAAAAUAUGAGAGUUUCUGCACGAUAGAGGAACGAACGCUUGCGAAAGAUCGAAUGAACAGUUCGAAAGGAAGAGAAAGAAUGUGAAAAAAAGGUUCUGUACGUAGCAAUUAUAGAAGAAACCAUGUCUGUGAUUAUACUAAGAAUAGCGAGACAAUAUAAGCAAUCUCCAUAUGUACCGAAAAACACGACCUAAAAAAAAACACGAGCGGUGCGUGUGCGCUUUACAUACCGACAUACAUAAAAAUGGUACAUAUAUGUAUUAUAACGUAUAUACACACAUACACAUACAAAUUUUAUCCACGGACGUUCGCGCGCGCACGCGCGCGUCUUGCGCUUUUAAUCGAGUCGUUGCUUUUCAUUUGUUGUCAAGCGCUUCGAAAAUUUCGGCACUUUGCAUUCUAUACGAUCGCGAACGUUUGCGUUGUUUUCUCUUGUCUGCCUACUCGUGGAUUUUUUUUAUUGAAAAACAAAAUUUAAGUUUUCACAGGGACGUGAAUUGUGCAAUGAAAUCUGGUCACGAGGCGCGACGAUUCGUUUAAAACCGCUGAGACGCCCUUGCGAAAAGCAGACGAGAACAAAAAAACCAUCCUCACCUCAUUUGUAAUAAACUUCUCGAUACUUCGGUUUUGACGUUUUACAGCCGUGAAGAGAGAGGAGGCGCAUGUGUUCCGUCGUACAGUAACCACGUGUUUUCACCGUCGUAAUUGAUGAAUAAUAGAUCGAUAAAUGAAAAAAUCAACUUUUCGUUUUGGACGUCAGAACCGAAGGCAAUCAUCGCUUUACUAUACAUAGCGUCGCCGAAGACGUAGAUGAUUCGUAGAGAGAAUGUAUCAUUUUCGUUUCUAACGUAUCCGGAGUGAAGCGAACAUACCGUAUAUUUGUAUUUAUAUAUAUAUAUAUAUAUAUACAUACUUAUAUAUAUAAAUAUGUAUAUCGAUUGUCCGUACGACCGUAGAGCGUAUGCACCAUGCGAUCUUUGAUUAUCUGUCGAAAGUAGUGCGCGAUGAGGCCGAAGAGAAAGUAUGAGAGAGCCGGGCGACGGCGAGAUCUCUCUCACCACCACCGCUGUCGUUCCGCGAGGAUGUUUCGCUGACAUGAAGAAACACGUUCCUUUUUCCCUUUGCUUCUUGAUUUUUUUGUUUUGGUAAUGUAGUUUUCGCGGUCUUUUGUCUGAACGCGGGAUCGAGAAGGGCGCGCUCGUUAGAGAAGACUAUAUUCGCGUAAACACUUGUGUCGUACAUCCGUUCUCACACAAACACGUAGACGAGAUUAAAAGUAUUCACAAGCGCUUAAGGGAGAGAGAGAGAGAGUGAGUGUGAGAGUGAGUGAGUGAGAAAGAGAGGAGAGAGAGAGAGUGCGAAAAGAUGAGAGAAAGUGAAAGAGAGAAGAAUGGAGAGUGAGAUAAAAGGAAUGCGAGCAUUUACUUCGCGAAUCAAUUGUAAUUAAUAUAUAUACGCGCAUGUGUUAUACAUAUACUUAUAUACAUAUAUAUAUAUACAUCUUGUAAUUAUACAUACAUAUAUAUAUAUAUAUUUAUAUAUAUAUAUAUAUAUAUAUAGAAAUCUUCAGGAAGAAUUUGUACAAACCCGCUGGAAUAAUGCGCCAGCAAGUCUGUGAUUUUAGCUUGGUUACUAAUUCAGUAUUUUUUUAAAUAAAACGAGACAAAAUCAAGAUAAAUUAUAUAAAAAAAAAAAGAGGCAUGAUUCGGUCCGAGAGCGAGCGAUGGAGAGAAAGUUUAUGAAAGAGAGAUCGCGCGUGUGACGUAGGUGUAGGAGAGGGCGCGCGUGUGUGUGUGUGUGUGAUCUCGCGCGCGCGAGAUUUAGGAGCGAUAUAUAGCGUGGCAGGAGGGGAAGGGAAAUCUUGCAGUUCGCGCAAUGAAAUUUGUCUAAAAAUAUUCUGGAAAAAUUGAUCUCCGAGCGACUUUUCCGCGAUUUCGCUCGAAGAAAACACACACGGUGUGGCGUGUGUUUUUCAACAUCGUUGUAACUUUUUUUCCGAGACAACGUGCAAUUACAGAUAAUUACUCGAGUCGCAAUAGUGUUACUGACGUGGCAACGUGCUCGAUCAGGUGACGCUGGAGCGUUGACAUAUCUCGUUAAAAAGAUUGUCGCGAUAAAGGAGACACUUUUCUCGUCUUUUAGUAUCAUCGAUGUCAACGUUAGUCAGCAUUUAUCGUAGUCAAUAAUGUUUCUUUACUUUUUUUUUUGCUUUUAAUACACUUCGGUGACGCGCGAUAUAAGACAAAAAAAUCCAUUGGGUCACGGUUGGAGUCAACUGACGCAAAACUUGAUUGCGAUUUGUUGUGUCGAGAGAGCGAGAAAGAAAAAAUAACGUGCGAUAUUUUUUUCCAAGUUUGCACCUUGUGUUUGUUGCGAAAUUAUUAUUGUUGCGUCAGUCUUUAAUUUGCAUGAUUGAAUUAAAUCGUAGUCGGGUAAUCGUUAUCGAUAAAUCUUCUGGUGUAAAGUCCGUUUUCAGGAAAUCGAACGUAUCGUGUCACGCUCGUAUAUCUUUCAUCGUGAUCGCAGUCGCGGUAUCGAUUGCACGUACCAUUUUUUUAUGUUUUUUCCGGGAUUUUUCUUCCUCUUCCAAGCCGUGCAUAUAAGGAAGACUCGCGAGAGAAAAACGAAACCUCAAGGGCCGGUUCUUUGUCGAGUUACUUUUUCUUUCUUCGGAAACAAAACAAUUGCUUUUUUUUUUUCGUUUAUCGUGGAUCAUCCGGAGAUGAGGGUGGGAUUGUGUGAGAGUGAGAUAACAGCGCGAAUGCAGCGGGAGAUUGAAGGAUGUGUUACGAGAGCGAGAGAGAGAGAGAGAGGAAGAUGAUGUGAAAAAAUAAAAGCUGCAUGGAAGAAAUUGAAUGUAAAAGAGAGAAAAAAAGAGAGCGUGAUAGGGCGAUCUGGCAGGAUUACUCAAUUCGGAAAAUCCGCGGGUACCCCUUGUGUAAUAAUAAUAAUAAAAAAAUAAAUUUGUACAAAAAUUACACAUAUAAAAUUGUGAUGACGAAUUAUUUAUUCAAUAUCGAUAAUAUAUAUAUAUAUAAACAUAUGAUGAAUAUAAAUUUUAUUCGGCAUUUUCGCGGACUGCACAUCGAAUAAAAAAGAGAGAGAGAGAGAGAGAUCCGAAUUCGGCAAACCUGCCAGCUCUGAUGCAACUGUGCGGGGAGAACGAAAGGAGAGCGCGAAAAAAUAAAAAUAAAAAACUGAAAAAAAAA